AUGACCCCCGAAAGCGCCGCCUCCAGCACUCGGCUUCCCGCCACCUCCGCCCUCUUCGCGUCGCCGAUCCGCGCCUUCAUCUGCAAGACGGAGCUGCCAGUCAAGGAGCUGGUGCGGCCAGCGAAUCAGCUGCGGCUGGCCCAGGCAGAUCUAGCAGAGGACAUUGCGUGCUUGCUCACGGCUGCCAACCCUGAAGCGCCCAGCAAUGUUGCGAACUACAGCCUGCGCGAGCGCGCAUACAAGCUGGACAGCUCCGUCGACCACACACUGCAGCACCACUGCAGCCACGGCUGGCUGGUGCAUGUGGAGUCUGAGGAGGCGGAGCGGCUGGUGGCCCAUCAUGCAGAAGCGGAUACAAAAGAUGCCGGGACUGAGCCGGAGGCGGCCUCCCCCAGUGCUGACCCCGCCCAUCUGCGCAACCAAUUCAACUACAGCGAUCGUGCUGCCCAGACCCCGGUGUUUACCUCGCGCGAGAGGGGCACGAUGACGGAGCCGCCGCAGAGCGCGUGCGCGGGCGGCAGCUGCUCGGAUUGGGCCAUGCGCGAUGCGUACGCUGCGCACCAGGCCAGGCAGGCACUGGAGGGCGAGCAGGCCAAGGCCAAGACCGCGGCUGCCAGGAAGGGCGCCGCCAGCAGCGCUGCAGAUGAAGAUGGCCAUGCCGCUUCCGGCCAACCUGCACAGGAGCCGGAUGAUGGGCUGCACCUGUCGCCCGCCAUCGACCGAGCACUGCACAUCGUGGAGCGGAUGACUCAACAGAACCUGCACAGGGACGUCAUCAUGGACUUCAAGUACUGGGACGAUCCGGCGGAUGCGAUACGGGUGCACGAGGGGACGCUGCUGCCGCUGUGGAGGUUUGAGGCGAAGGCCGGCCGCGGGCGCCACGUGACUGCGCUGGCAUGGUCCCCCAAGUACGCGGACCUGCUGGCGGCCGGCUACGGCAGCUACAACGCGGCGGUGCAGGGGACGGGCGCGGUCGCCUGCUUCACCCUCAAGAACCCCUCCGCGCCCGAGUUCCUCAUGACCACCCGCUCAGGGGUGAUGUGCCUGCACUUCCACCCGCAGCACCCCAACCUGCUGGCGGUGGGCCUGCACGACGGCUGCGUGCUGGUCAUUGACAUCCGCCAGCCGAGCGCGCGGCCGCUCUACGAGGCCAGCGCGGCCGGGGGCAAGCACGCCGACGCGGUGGCGGCCGUGCGAUGGGCGCCCGGGGAGGGCAGCGGGCUGCGCUCCCUCGCAUUCUACAGCGUCUUGACUGACGGCCACAUCGCGCACUGGACCCUAGCCAAGUCCAGCCUCGUCCGCCAGGACUUCAUGCGCCUACAGAGCGACAGGAAGGAAGCUGAUGCUGCAGAGGACCUGGACCAAGGCCUCGACUACAUUGGUGGUACAUGCCUCGAUUUCCACAAGGACCAGGUGCACUUGCUUUUGGUGGGGAGUGAGGAUGGAUGGCUGCACAAGUGCAGCAAGACGUACAACUCUCAGUUUCUGGCAUCCUAUCAGGGCCAUGCAGGCGCAGUGUACGCCGUGCAUUGGAACAUGUGCCACCCAGACAGCUUCCUGUCUGCCUCGGCUGACUGGACUGUCAAGCUCUGGCACAACAAUCGCUCGAGGGCUGUAAUUACGCUGGACCUUGGUUGCUCCGUUGGGGAUGCUGCCUGGGCCCCAUACUCCGCCACUGUCCUGGCUGCAGCUGGCGAGGACGGGAGAUUGCAGGUGUUUGAUCUGGCCCAUAACAAGGCGGAGCCAGUGAGCACACAGAAGAUAGUGGGCAAGGCCGCCCUCACGAGGAUGGCGUUUAAUUCACAUCAUCCCAUCAUUGUGGUGGGAGAUGACAAGGGCUGCAUACAUUGCCUCAAGUUAUCGCCCAACCUGCGUAAGACUGCGAGUACCGCUGGAGAGCAUGACUUUGGUGCUGCACGCCUGGACGCCAUUGUGGAUGUGGCCCUGAAGAGCGAUGUGGUGGAACCUGCUGACACUGCCUAA